GUACUGAGUCGUCCUCGUCCUCCCCCUCACUUUCACACUUGACUCCGGAGCUUCUCGCUCUCUUCUUUCGAGACCGCACUACCCUUUCGCCGCUCGCCAGGACGGUUGCGGUCUCCCUUGCUGACCCCUCUGGGGGUCCUGUCCUGUCUCACUUCUCCACUGUCCUCCCGUGUCCGGCUGCCCCUUCGGGCACCCUGUCGGUGGCUGCGUCGGGUCAGGUACUUGCUGCUGCGUCCCGGUCAGGUCCUGAGUCUGCCCCCCUGUUCUUGUCGCCUCCUGUCUCACGAGACUCUCCUGUGGCACCACCGUCUUGGCCACCCCUCCUUGCCCCGUCUUCGGAGCAUGGCUUCCCGUGUCCUUGUCUCUGGUCUUCCCAGUCUCUCCCUCCUCUCCCCUCCCGGCCAGGACCUUCCUGUGUCCCCUGUGUCGAGGGUCGCCUCCGGGCUACUCCUCACUCCUCCCACUUCCCCCCGACAGAGGCUCCCCUGCAGACGCUUCACAUGGAUGUGUGGGGCCCAGCCCCCGUCCGUGGGCAGGGUUACGAGCGCUACUUCCUGUUGGUGGUUGACGACUACUCGCGUUACACCACAGUCCUCCCCUUGCGCAGCAAGGGUGCGGUCACUGAGGUGCUGAUCGACUGGAUCCGCGAGGCUCGUCUCCAGCUCAGGAAGAGCUUCGGCUCGGACUUUCCUGUUCUGCGUCUGCACUCUGACAGAGGCGGAGAGUUCUCUUCUCGCCUUCUGCGAGACUACUGUCGUGCACGGGGGAUCCGCCAGACCUUCACGCUUCCGGACUCACCACAGCAAAAUGGGAUUGCUGAGCGCCGCAUUGGCAUGGUCAUGGAUGUCGCUCGUACGUCCAUGAUGCAUGCGGCUGCCCCCCAUUUUCUGUGGCCGUUUGCGGUGAGGUACGCGGCGCAUCAGCUCAACCUUCACCCCGG